AUGACAGCUGGGAAGGAGGGGCAACCAUGGAACGGAGUAGUGUCAGGACAGAGGGGAACGCUUAAGGAGAACAAGGUUGCACCGCAUGGGACCUGUUUAGGGCUACGCAGCCUGUGUCUAGCGGCCGAACUUGCUGGACCCUCCCUCCCGCCAACGGCGCUAGGAGGGACAGCCACGCUUUCCAGCUACACUGCCGCUGCUGCCGCUGCUGCCGCUGCUGCCCUCAGCAAGGAGCUCUCCUCAAGCACCGCCUCAGCGAACUUAGGAACUCUGCCACUGGAGGACCCUCAGGGGUCCCUUUCCAAUAUCGGUUCUUCUGGCGAAGGAGAUGGACCCUCUGAACCAUCCACGACGCCCAGGGGCCCCCUCGAUUUGAAGUCCGUAUUGCGGUUCGCCGUGCCUUUUGUGGCUACUCGUGAAGAGGCCCAAGGCCUCCCCAAAGACACCUACAACACUGCCUCAGCAUGGCCCUCAACAGCCACAGCGAGCACACCCGAAGCACCCCCCCCUCCCUCAACAACCACUACUACUGCAGCGGCGACUCCAAAAGAGGAUGCAGCCUCUCCGAGUACCGCUACCAGCAGCAGCGGCAGCUCCUCCACGCAGCUUCCCACGCGGCCCCCCGAACACUCUGCCUUCAGUACACUCAACCUGCUGGUGCUAUCUUCUUGCCUGCUCCUAUGUUUUUUCCUAGGAUAUUUGGGCCAUACGCAGAAGAUAAAGCACCUUCCAGAUUCCGCCGGGGCCAUGCUGGUGGGGGCAGUGUUCGGGCUCCUUAUUCGGCUGCAUGCACAUUUCACGGAUUCUGGAGAAGGGGAGGACGGCUUGUACUUCGAUCCCCAGUUUUUCUACUUGGUGCUGCUUCCCCCUAUUGUGUUGGACGCGGGGCUCAGCGUUGCGCAGUACGACUUUCUAAGAAAUGGAGGACCAAUUUUGAUGUUUGCCGUGUGCGGAACUCUGGUCAGCGCCCUCUUCAUCUACGGCGGUUUGAGUGUAAUCAACGAGUACUUGGCCAAUAUGGGUCUACAGGGACCCCCCCACAAAGUAAGGGCCUUCUUUUGGGCGUUCGCGGCUCUCAUUUCUGCUACAGACACAGUCGCUGUCAUGAGUCUCCUUAACUCGCCGCGCUUCUUUACGCGCACGAAGAACUCUAACUUGGUCUCUAUAUUGAUGGGAGAAAGUGUUUUGAACGAUGCAGUUUCCAUAGCCCUCACGCGAUCUGUCUUCAAGUUCUUCUUUUCGGACGAUAAGGACGUCAUUCUGAAUGCUGGAGUUGCAGACAUCGUCAUAGAUUUUUUACUGGUCCUGUCGGGGAGUCUCCUGUUUGGCGUUGGCGUGGGAGCCCUUUGCUGCUGGAGCUUCAAACAGUCCAAGCUUAAGGAACUGCCUCAAUAUGAGGUUGCAGUAACGCUCUUGAGCGCAUACGUGGCCUUCGGGACGGCAGAGGUGUUGGAGCUCAGCGGUGUCGUCUCCUUGUUUGCAUGCGCCGCGAUGCUCUGCCACUUUAAUACCCACAAUCUGUCGCUUCAGUCACGACUUUCGAUUCGCCUCUUCGUGCAGACCAUCGCUCUUCUGUGCGAUAAAUGCGCCUUUGCGUACUUGGGAGUUGUUGCGUCUCUCGGUUUCGGUGAGGCAAGCUCAGCAACAGCCAGGCUCUGUUGCUGUUGCAGGAACCGGCGGAAGGCAGAACGCAUGAAUAUGGGGCAGCAAAUUAUCUUGUGGCUGGCAGGACUCCGUGGCGCUGUGGCCUUCGCCCUUGCGAUGAGUAUUCCGUGCGAUGGGGACUUAUGGAGGAAACAUUGCAGAGACAACAAGGAUCUCGUAGUGACAACUACCUUGGUGUUGGUGGUGCUCACCACCGUGUGCGUCGGCAGUUCCUUGGAGUAUGCUGUGAUGUCCCUCAGCAGGGUCUACUCGGCGGGCGGCCUGGGAACCAGGCGCUCUUUGACUCUUCGGAGUUCCAGCACAAGGCCCUCCGCCCUUUCAAGCCCCCUGGGAGAUCCAGAACAAGAAACGCUUGCAGCGUGCUUUUUGUCUCCCUCUCGCGGCCGCAGUAGCACCGCCAGUGAGAGCCCUACAACUGCUGCUCCGCAGAGACAAUUAGGUAAACGCGCAGCUGCUGCGUCACGUGCGCCUCCUGCAGAGAACGAGCCCAAGUGGGCAGAGGUGUUGCUCCGCGUGGACUCUCUAGAAGAUGGUAAAACAAAAAAGGCCUCCCUUUUACGUCUGACGACCAUUGGGCCUGCUCUAAGCCCUGAGAAGUUCUCUGCAAGAGGCUUGCUAUUCAUAUAUGCUGCUGAGAUGGGAACCGCUCCUACCUGGGUGAGGCAGGCGCUUGCGUCUCUCUGUUUUGACUGCGCUGCCUCUGCAGCUGCCAUAGGAGAGAAUUCUGCUUCGGACGAUCCUCAACAGGAGACAGUUUCUUUCUUACGUUGGUAUGCCUCCAUCGAGCAAGCCUAUCUGCGACAUUGGUUUGGUGGUGCGGCUGAGGAGCUUCCAAGCGGCGCCCCCGGUCGAACUCCCGCCAUAUCAGGUUCAGAUUGCCUGGAUUCUUCUGCCUUGAGCAGGGAUCGAUCUGGCGCCCUUAUAGAUUCUAACGUCCUCCAGAGCAACCCAACCUCCGUCCAGCCUCCAGCUGAAGCAGCGAGUCCCAAAAGACCGGGUUUGAGAACGAAGGGUCGAACAGAGCUCGAAGGAAUGACGGCGUCCGUGUAUCUAUUUUACGCUGCCAUGAGAGGGGAGAGGGCAGCGGAAUGA